AAGUCCAAGGCUUGCGAGAAGGCCAUUGCAGUGGGCCAGACAGUCAUCACGAAACAUCGGAACACCCGGUAUUACAGCUGCCGAGUAAUGGCUGUGACAUCACAAACCUUCUAUGAAGUCAUGUUUGAUGACGGCUCCUUCAGCAGGGACACAUUUCCUGAAGAUAUUGUGAGCCGAGACUGCGUGAAGCUGGGGCCCCCAGCUGAGGGAGAAGUCGUCCAAGUCAAGUGGCCUGAUGGCAAGCUCUACGGGGCAAAAUAUCUGGGCUCCAAUGUUGCACACAUGUACCAGGUUGAAUUUGAAGAUGGAUCCCAGAUAGCAAUGAAGAGAGAGGAUAUCUACACCUUAGAUGAAGAAUUGCCCAAGAGAGUGAAGGCGCGUUUCUCCACAGCCUCUGAUAUGAGAUUUGAAGACACAUUUUAUGGAGCGGACAUAAUCCAAGGGGAGAAAAAGAGACAAAGAAUGCUGAGCUCCAGGUUUAAGAAUGAAUAUGUGGAUGACCCCGUAUACCGCACUUUUUUGAAGAGCUCUUUCCAGAAGAAGUUCCAGAAGAGACAGUAG